UGCGCGGCGCCGGGGGCGGGGCCGGUUGCCAAGACGACGCUCUGGAAGAUGGCUGCGGCGCGGUCUUCGGAUUCCGACGGCGGCCGAGCCGAGAGCAAUGAGGCCGAUUCGAAAUGGCUGGACGCACACUACGACCCAGUGGCCAACAUCCACACCUUUUCCUCCUGCCUAGCGCUGGCGGAUUUGCAUGGGGAUGGAGAAUACAAGCUGGUGGUGGGGGACCUUGGCCCAGGUGGGCAGCAGCCCCGCCUGAAGGUGCUCAAAGGACCAGCAGUGCUAACUGAAAGCCCACUACCUGCUCUGCCUGCUGCUGCUGCGACCUUCCUCAUGGAGCAACACGAGCCCCAGGCUCCAGCUCUGGCACUCGCUUCAGGGCCCUGUGUCUAUGUGUAUAAGAACCUCAGACCCUACUUCAAGUUCAGUCUACCCCUUUUACCUCCAAACCCUCUGGAGCAAGACCUUUGGCACCAGGCCAAGGAGGACCGGAUAGACCCCUUAACCCUGAAGGAGAUGCUGGAAGGCAUCCGGGAGAAGGCGGAGGUACCUUUGUCUGUACAGUCUCUCAGAUUUCUGCAGCUGGAGCUCAGUGAGAUGGAGGCAUUUGUAAACCAGCACAAGUCCAAGUCCAUCAAGCGGCAGACAGUCAUCACGGCUAUGACCACCAUGAAGAAGAACCUGGCUGAUGAAGAUGCUAUUUCUUGCCUGGUAGUAGGCACUGAGGACAAGGAGCUCCUGGUGCUAGACCCUGAGGCCUUCACCAUUUUGGCCAAGAUGAGCCUUCCCAGUGUCCCCGUCUUCCUGGAGGUUUCUGGCCAGUUUGAUGUCGAGUUCCGGCUUGCUGCUGCCUGCCGCAAUGGGAACAUCUACAUACUGAGAAGAGACUCCAAGCACCCCAAGUACUGCAUCGAGCUGAGCGCCCAGCCUGUGGGGCUUGUCCGGAUACACAAGGUCCUGGUGGUGGGCAGCACCCAAGACAGCCUGCACGGCUUCACUCACAAGGGGAAGAAGCUGUGGACAGUGCAGAUGCCUGCAGCCAUCCUGACCAUGAAUCUCCUGGAGCAGCGCUCCCGGGGCCUGCAGGCCGUCAUGGCUGGGCUGGCCAAUGGAGAGGUCCGCAUUUACCGUGACAAGGCGCUGCUCAACGUCAUCCACACCCCGGACCCGGUGACCAGCCUUUGCUUUGGCCGCUAUGGACGGGAAGACAACACCCUCAUUAUGACUACUCGAGGUGGUGGCCUGAUUAUCAAGAUCCUGAAGCGGACAGCAGUGUUUACAGAGGGGGGAGGUGAAGUGGGCCCCCCACCAGCCCAGGCCAUGAAACUGAACGUGCCCCGAAAGACCCGGCUUUACGUGGAUCAGACACUGCGAGAGCGGGAGGCUGGCACUGCCAUGCACCGGGCCUUCCAGACAGACCUCUACCUACUGCGCCUGCGGGCUGCCCGCGCCUAUGUGCAGGCCCUUGAGUCCAGCCUGAACCCUGUAUCUGCUACAGUCCGGGAGCCACUCAAGCUGCAUGCUGUGGUUCAGGGCUUGGGCCCCACCUUUAAGCUCACACUGCACCUACAGAACCCCUCGACAGCUCGCCCUGCCCUGGGGCUGCUAAUCUGUUUCCUCUACAAUGAUGCGCUCUAUGCCCUGCCACGGGCCUGCUUCAAGGUCCCCCUGCUGGUGCCAGGGCUCAACUAUCCCCUGGAGACCUUUGUAGAGAGUCUCAGUGACAAGGGCAUCUCAGACAUUAUCAAGGUGCUGGUGCUCCGAGAAGGCCAGAGCGCACCCCUGCUGAGCGCCCACAUCAACAUGCCAGCGAGUGAGGGGCUGGCAGCUGCCUGAGCCCCCGGCUGAUCCAGCUGCUUUCUCUGAAUGGGGGCAGGUUCGGUGCCCCAGGCCCACUCUACUCACAGCAGUGUGCCACGUGACAGCUUCUUUCCCCUGUCCUGAACACCCCUUUCUCACUGCUCCCAUGCUGGGCCUAUAACAGCAGGCCAGUGAGUCCCCAGGAGGCUCAGCUCCUCUCUGUCAGGAUCAGCCCAGUCAUUGUCCCCAUUGGGCUGCUACCCACCUCCUCCCCAGCUUUUCCCAGAAACGACACCCAGGAUCAAGGCAGAGCUGAAGGGUCAGAGUGAAGUGAGGACAGGCCCAUCCCUUCUAAUUUGCUGCUUCCCUUGGGCACAUCACUCAUCUCCUGCUGCAGGACUGAAGCUGAAGGCUAGAUAGAGGCAUGUGUUAGGCCACAAGGGCUAAGACCAUCAGCCCUACACUUCAGCCUCCUGAGGCUCUACUGUCUGCCUGGCCCACCCUGCAGGCUACCCUGAGCCACUUGUGAGCCAUGAGCAUGGGUCCCUGAGGGCCUGCAUCUCUGCCCCUGUCAGACCAGAUGCCAGACCUGGGAUGUGACCAAGUUCCCCACAUGUAAAAUAAGGCCAUUUUAGCUCUAACACUCUGUGAACUUGGCUGCCUCUCUGGAGAAAACAAGAAGUUGUUCCAGAAAGGUGACAUUUGACAGGAGUAACUAUAGGGAGGACCCCAAGCUAGCUGCCACUGCCAGGCAACAGCCUCUGUGCCCAAGACCAAGGGCUAGGUAGGGUGAUGCUACCCACAGCCCACUCCUUUCCCUCCCAAGAAAUGCAUCUGGGGUUAGGUUAAAAGAAGCAAGGGCGCCUGGAUCAAGGGAAAGCCUGUCCCCCUGCUCCCUUCCCUCUCCGCCACUUGUAGACACAGACCAGUUGGUGAGGAUGGCACAGCAUUUCCAGCUGGAGCCUGCUGAGGCACAAAUGGAAGGAGUUAUAACCCGAAAGUGGAAAGACAUGGAGUAGAGGAAGCGUUGCUGUCAGAGAUUUCACCUUAACCCAAAGAACUUAGAGAUGGAAGCGCCUGUCUAGGGUCACACCACUCUGAGUGUGCCUGGCCUGCCUGAUCUUGGAAGUUAAGCAGGGUCGGGCCUGGCUAGAACUUGGGUGGAAGAGACAAAGAGCCUUUCCUGAAGGGUCAUGAGCAUCCCAUCCCUGUCACUGUCCAAGGGGCCCUCAUAGUCCCUUCCCCCUAGUCAAGCUAGGAACUGCAUGAGCUGAGAACAAAAAGGUCUCAUCUCUUCUCUUCAUAGCUAUUCACAAUGACAAAAGGGGAGCUCUGUGCCCAUCACCUACCUGAAGUUGUAAAAUGCAGUACCGUGUAACCAUUAGGAAGAGAUGGAGAUGCAAUAACACUGUGUGGACAGUGUGUAAAGCCACUAGGAAGCAAGUACCAGUCACACAGCAGAGAGCUAGGAAGUUGUAUACGCUGAGGAUAAGGACAGUCGGGAGCAUUUAUAUAAUACUUAUUUAAAAUGGGCACCUAGUCAGGAGCUGAGGCAAGGGAAUCAUCUAAGCCCAAGAGCUGGAGGUUGC